GGACAUUAGGGAGACCUAACACACCCCACCUAGCACCAAAAUGUAAGGAAAAUAUUAUGGGAAAACCAUGGCGUCCAUUGCUCCUUUUUCCACCUUAUCUCCCCACCGUCAUCACUCGUCAUUAUCAUCACCUUUCUUUGUGUAAUUGCGUAUAGCAUAUUUUGAUCAUCUCUCUUACUCUCCAAUGCUCCAAUGCUUUUUAUGAAAGCCAAUCAUUUGCUAUUUCACUCAUACAUUCCGCGGAAAAUCGGUCUUCGCUCCAAACACUCACGGCAUUUCCUUCAGUUAUCGAGUGGACUUCAUUUGAUACGGAACUCUGAUGUGAUUUCAGAGUCAAUAUUGCGCCACAAUAUUAGCAUCAUAUAAUUUUCAAAAAGAAAGGCAUUACUGCAGCUACUGAAAGAGCCUAAACGUAACUCAUCUCCGAAAGGAAACUUAUCAAUUGAUGGAUAUAAGUCACCAGACGGAAAUAAUGUAUCUGUGUUGCGUGCUUGAUUGUUUUUAAUUGAACAAAAGUGGGAAAAAGAGCUCAAAAAUUCCAAUAUAGAGAGCGACUCCUAUACCAUUCGUGAUAGUUCGAAGCACAGUGUUAUAAACAUACAAAGCACACUGAAGCUUUUUUAUGUAUGUUCGCUUUUUAUCAUGUUUUUCAUCAACUUGCGAUAACAUGAAGUGUAUUUUCUGAAAAAUACAGCGAGUGCAAUUAAGUGGAAGUUUUUACCUCUCACCGUAGUCUGUUUUUUUUCCUAGCGAAUUUAUCCCAAAAGCAAAAAGGAAAGAGGAAACAGGUAGUCUAAAGACGAAAUAUCAAUUGCGCUUCGGGAAAAUUCACUCAAAAAAAAAAAUACAAAGUGAGAAAAUUUCUGUGCGUGUUGGUGCUAUUAAAUUUUCAAAUCAACAUACAAAAAAAAAAACGGAACAUAUAUUUGUCAUUAGGACGACUAUUCCAACCCUUGUGUCAUGCUAACAGUUUUCGUAUAACCACAUAUUAAACCGUGUGGAAAACGAAGGAUAAUAUCACAGGAAAAAAUUACCCGCAAUUGAUUUACACUCAUUUCACCGGGAUACAAGGUUCAAAUCCUGGAAAGUGUGACGAAAAAAUUGUAUAAAAGAGAUAAAGACAGGAUUAAAACAGCUUAGACUUGUCUUGGUACCAAAAGGAAAAUCGUAAAGUUUUUUCUUACCUUAAAAAAAAUUGUGUGCAAAAAGUGGCAAAGGAAGUUGUAAAUGUUCAACAGUAUUUCAGUAUUUUGCCUAAAAGCAAAAAUAUCAAUCAAAUCCUUGUUGUGCUCUUUGGAAUCCCCAUUGAAUCUGAGGAAGUGUGCAAAAUGAUUUUAUAAACAAUAAUUUAAGUGUGAAAUUUUAAUUUUCAAAGAAACCUCUAACGGAGAGAACAAUAUCUUUCAACAAAAAAACUCUGCAUUUAAUCUCUCGCUGGAUAUAGAGAGAAAGCAGGAGCAAUACAUUUAAUAGAUACACGAGAAAAUUAUUUUAUUGGAAAAAAAUGGGUUGCUUGGGAAGCAAAGAUCGUCUCACGAAAGAAGACAUGGAAUUCCUCAAAUCACACACGCGAUACGAUGAGGCCACUAUUAAAGAAUGGUACAAGGGUUUUAAGCAAGACUGUCCGAAUGGUCGACUAACUCCAGCCAAAUUUGUCGACAUGUACAAAAUGUUCUUUCCAUCUGGGAAUGCCGAAGAGUUUUGUGAUCAUGUUUUCCGAACGUUUGAUAUGGAUAAAAAUGGAUAUAUUGAUUUUAAGGAAUUUCUACUGGCAAUAGAUGUUACAUCGAGUGGAACACCAGAGGAGAAGUUAAAAUGGGCAUUUAGGAUGUACGAUGUGGAUGGAAAUGGCGUAAUAGAUAUUCAGGAAAUGACAAAAAUUGUUCAGGCUAUUUACGACAUGCUUGGUGCUUGUUCAUCAAAUCGUCCUGCCGAUUCCGCAGAAGAGAGAGCUAAGAAUAUUUUUGCGAAAAUGGACGAGAACAAUGAUGGACAAUUGACACAGGAUGAAUUUCUGAAGGGAUGCCUUCAGGAUGAGGAAUUAUCAAAAAUGUUAGCGCCUUAAGAAGGCCAUAGGUUGUUUACAUUAUACAAAAAAAAAGAAA